CGCGCCUUCAAUAGCUUUGUCCCCGUCUCCUUAUCACCUUUUUCUUACUCUGGUUCCCUGUGUAUAGCCGUUCAGCCGCAAUUCUGUCACUGGUGUCACCACAUGUCCACGACGCUUAUCCACACUGCUUGUCCAACUCGGUGGGCAUCCGGAUUACCGUCUUCUGCAACUCAGAUGCCUGCCUUAUUUCGGCCCGGAAUGUCGGGCGUUCUCCACCGAAACUUGGGCUCAGUUAGCUCGCCACGGCCGACAGAUGUUGUUGACAGGCUCGUCUUCAGACGACAGGUUAAAUUGGUCCUCUGACUCCAGUGGGUUGGAAGCGGUGAAUCGUUUCAGACAAACCCGCUUGCCCAUUUUGGGAUGCAUGGCUGUUCUCAGAGGUCAGGAUGCGGAUGAACACAUACGGCAACCUGAAGCUUUUGUCCACGAUUUGACCAAGAACUUGAUCCGCUCUACUCCACCGUCGUCACUGUCCCUAUGCCGCCCCAUGUACUCCACUUUUUUGGGGUCCCAUACGCGUUCAUUUUUGGGCUACCCCCGCAGUCUGUUUAUUGCAUCCAACGGAGGCGGAGCUCGACCGACAAUCUCGCCUGAUGAACCCAACAGUCCAGCCCCAAAAGAAAGCAUCUCCGCAUGCCUCAGUCACGUUAGUGGCCGUGCUUGGGAAAUGUUCGCUUCCAAGGCCUUCCUCCAUCAAUAUGAACGGUUUGGUUUGACGAACGAUAUUUUCCUCGAUUGUUUUGCCACAGUGGAGCAGAUUGCUCACUGCUAUUCUACUCUGGCCUGGGAGUAACCGGCACUUUUACCUUCCCAUGGUACCUUAUCUGACACACCAACAGCUAAAUGUGCAUUGUAUCAUAGCAGCUCACCCACCAUUCCCUCUUGUAAUAUAUGCUUUUUUGAUACUACUAAAUUCCUCACUUGAAAC